AUGGGGUGGUCAUCGCUUAAACCCAGUUCAGCCGAACUUAUUGGCCUACUUCAAGUUGAAGACAAACAGCGAUUGGAACAGAUUUAUUGCCUUCACAUCCAUCCCAAAGCUUUAGUUGUUGCUGCUUGGUUUGCCACCGAAUGCAGUGACAUUUUAUUGCCACAGAGCAAAGCUGUUACUAACUAUAAGCUCCACAAGUCUGUGCAGCAGCAACUGGCCGUUGAUCUGCUGCAAAGGGCAUGUUUUGAGCUGAUAAAUAACAUUGACACGGAUGACGAUUUGGAUGAAUACUUGUUCACUCGCACGCAUAUUGAAUUGAAUGAAAUUUCCAAAGAGAAGUAUCCUGGGAAGAGAGUAUGGUCUACUUAUGUGAAAAAGGGGCAUAAAGAACUGAAGGAAAAAUGGACAAAAUUUGAGACCAAGUGGAAGCCGCUGAUAGACUCAUGGCGAAGAUCCGAAACAGGAAGUAAACAUGUAAUAAUGUUGGAGCAGGUACGCCAAGUGUGUGUUUCUUACAUGAAGCAGCUGCAAAUUGCAAAGAAGAUGGACCACCUUGUGUUUCAACAGCUAUAUAAACUUGUCACUCAGCUUUGUCUAGCAGCUAAGACAGAUCAAAAGCAGUUGCUAAUUGUUACUCCCUUUAUGGUAGUGAGGUCCUUUACUGGCAUUCCAACUUCGUGGUUACUUCCGGUUACAAAACCAAAAUUAUUUCCGAGGUUCACAAGAAGGGUUGUGGGGCAAGAACUUGCUAAAUUUGCAGUCACCACUGCCUUGUUAAACCGUAGAAAGUCUAUCACUAGCCCAUGUGGUUCAUUUCUUUUUCUUUAUCAUCCUGGUUGUGGCAGGACAAAGCUUGCAAAAGCUAUUGCUGAGCAAGUUUUUGAUGAUAAAGACAUGUUGACUGAAUUUGACAUGUCAAAAUACAAUGGCUCUGAGUUUAGGGAACAACUCACUGGAGUUUGCAUCACAAGACACCUGCUGAGGGACAUUGCAUGCUUCUUUACACCGAAGCGGAUCAUCUUAUAACCAUCUGAAGCUGCAGUGGGAGUUAUAGCAUUUGAGAACCGUUACACUUAUACUAAGGUAAGGUACAAUGGCGAUGAGCAAGCUCUCGAGAUAAUGCUAUACACCAUUUUCUUUCUAGAUGGAAUUGAAGAGGCUAGUGGUUCUAAUUUGAAAGCUCUGAUUUCACUGCUUGAUCAUGGUCUGAUAAUUGAUGAUCAUGGACAUAAGGAAACAAACGCUUCAUUGAUUUUCUUCAUGAGGUCCAAAAGCGUUUUACUUAAGCUGAAGAGAUAUAAGGAAAACAAAAAUUUCAGGUUAGAACUGCUGAAUCGCGUGGAUGAAAUAGUAUUAUUUAACCCUUCUAUUCAUGCUGAUCAACUUAAAUCUUUUUUAAGGCUUUCAAUGCCAACUGCUGGGGGAUUGGAGGCUGUUACUUUCAAAGAAUCAUUUAGGCACUUGUUUAUGCCUAAUAAUAAAAAGGUGAUUAUCAAUAAUAGUGUAAAAUGA